AUGGACAAGCGAACGGCAGAGAGUCCAAUGGACUUUGAAUGGCAAACUCGAGCUCCUGGCGAUGUGACCUCGCCAUUCUACCAGCUUGGAGCGCAGCAUGACAAGAAACGGCCAUACAGUACAUUCGAGUCCCCUCAGAAGCAAGCGUUACCCUCCCUACGCGAACCAAACUCUCAACCUUUCCUCUUCUCACAGCCGCGACAACAACCCGCACCACUAUCGCCGAAGGCUAAAUUUGGCCAACCUGCUUUCCAGACGCCACGAAAGUUCGAUGUGGAUUUCUCAUCAGGUGCCGAGAACAUGUCGUCUCCAGACUACGCAGACAACGAGGAUACACCUGAGCAGCCAUACAAGUCGGGGAAGGGGACUGCGUCACUAUUCAACUUCCAUGGCAGGAACCCGCAGAGCCCAGGGCGAGGCGAAAUUCCUCGGCUAACCCACCACUCCAAUGCAGCUUUGCACCGGAUACAAAAGAAACGACGGAGAGAUAAAGAACUUGGCCGGCAAAUACGGGUCGACAGCGACGAUGAGAGCGAGCAAGACCGGCCCAGCAAGGAAGAAAAAUCAAUGAAAGCCACGAAACAAGGGAAGGGACAAAAGCCGGAACAGGGUCCCUCGCGAGUGUCAUCAUGGUCUGAGUUCUUCAGCAUGCUGGAGGCACAUCCGAAUGUGCCCGCCAUCUUGUCAUGGUGGGCCCAACUAGUGGUCAACCUGUCGCUGUUCUCACUGGCUGUCUAUGUUGUUUUCGCCUUUGUGUCAGCCAUUCGGGGCGAGUUCGAGCAGGCUGCGCAGGAAAUGUCCGAUACUAUCUUGGCCGACAUGGCAGUCUGCACGAAAAACUAUGUUGAUAACGACUGCGGCCGGUCGACUCGCGCGCCGGCCCUUGAGACCAUCUGCGAGAACUGGGAACGAUGCAUGAAUCGUGACCCGGCGAAGGUCGGCCGCGCCAAGGUCUCCGCGCAUACAAUGGCCAUUAUUAUCAACAGCUUCAUUGACCCCAUCAGCUGGAAGGCGAUUGCGAGUUUCCCCACGCACUCGCAACAGAACUAUGCGCAGCACCCACCGCAACCCCAAUCUAUGCACCCCCAGCUGCAGCACAACCCCUCCUUUGGGUACUAUGGGCAGCAAGACCCUCGGCAAACUCAAGCUGUCGCCUACAAUGAGAAACAAGACCAGCCCCUGAUGCUUGAGAACACACGGGCGAUGGACUUUGUCACCGAACGCUCUCGUGAGCGUGAGCAGCACCUCCGGACACCGAGCCCAACCAAGCGUAGGUUUGCCUAA